AUGCUCAAUAUUGUAUCAAUAACAAAAGCAACACUCUCAGUAAGCACUGCCUUCGUGCUUUUGGUCAUUUGUGGAAAAAGGAAGGCUACGAAACAUGUAGAAGUUAAAAGCCAAAAGACAAAAACAAGCGAAGAGCAACCCACAAGGUUACAGACUAAAAUAACGAGCAAUUACUACUAUCCAGAAACUAUGGAAUCGGGAAGUGAUACGGAAUUAAUGAGGUGCGAAAAUCAAGAUAGAGCUGGAGUUCCGUCAGAAAGACCCAGAUGUUUUCUACCUAAAAGUAAGGCAGAAAUGCGAGCAUUGAAAGCUAUAGCUGAAGGUUACGCAAUGUUUGCUAGACAUUUAGUUUAUAAAACGUUCAUCAUAAUAUCGCCAAUAAACAGAACUACAUGCAAUGAUGCAUCAGUUGAAAGUAAUAAUCACGAAAAAUCGCGAUCUCAAUAUCCCAAGCCAAAUAAAACAAUGAGUCGCAGUUCUAAAUCAACAUGA